GAGGCUAGAGAAGUAACACAUGACAUCUUUCUCUCAAAUUAAAAUGUGACUUAGUUGACCGGUAGGAACCCAGUGGGAGAUGGAAAAGACCGGGAGUCGAAAAGGAAGAGGAGGUGGGUGGUCAAAUGAAAGCCCCGAUCUAGGUUCCCAUUUUCAGAGUCCGAUUCUUCCCUUUCCCCACCCACAGCCCGGGGAAGAGUGUAGUCACAGCAAUCUCUUGCAAAACCUAGAAGGAGCGCUUCUCUUUUCUCGCUCCUCUGCCGGGCCAGUCCCCGGGCUCCAUUCCCCUCAGUCUCCAAACCCACGGGCAGAAAGGGGUACUUAAGGGAAUGGAGAGCCCGGUGCGCCUAGCUCGGGGACCACCCCCACGCGACCGCAGGCCCGGGGCAGGCGACGGUCCCCACAGCUCCUCCGGCAGCGGUGCCCACCGCUCUGGGGGAAGGGCUGGGAGGGGUCCGCGUAGGAAGCUGCUCCCGGGAACCGGGCGUGGGCGAGGGUUUCCUUGGUCCCGCGCCCGGCUCCCAAAGGAUGAAUCGAGGGGGACGAGGGAGGCCCUGGCUCCCGGCCCCACCCCUCGCCACCCGGCGGGGCUGGGACUGACACAGCAGCACCUCGCCUCACCAUUCAUUUCCCAGCCUCGUCCCUACCCCGCCAUUUUCCUGCCUCCGCCUCAGUUUCCCCACCCCCGCCCAUCAGUCCCCUUACCCUGUGCCACAGUCCACCACACAGGCCGGCAGCCGUCCCGCCAUCUUCCUCCUCGCCUGCUGCUGCUGCUGCCCCCGUCUGCUCCGUGCCGGUUGGGGCCAGGGAUGGGCGGCGGGAGGUAGAAGCUAUCUGACCAUCCACGGCCGGGUCGCCCUCUCCGUCUGGGGGGGAGCCGGGAAGCCGAAGGCAGUAGCGAGAGAGCAGCAGGCUCGGUCAGCGGCUACCACUUCCGCAACCCAGGCAGGCAGGCAGGCAGGCAAUCCCCGCCCUGCCCUGCCGCGGCCUCCUCCCCCUCUUUCUUCCCUCCUCCUCACUCCUGCCCCCACCCUACAACUUCUUCCCCUCACACCGCCUUUCCCCGGGAAGCCAAGAUGGCCGCCGGCGCCGACGCCCCGGCCAGGCCAGGCCCAGGCCGCGAGCGCACCCCCUUCCGGCUCCGAGCGGGCGGGGCGAGAGGGCAUGCGCAGUGAGGUGCGCCGCGGGCCGCCGCUCCCAUCCUGACAGUGAGGAAGUCCAUUUCGGGUGUUCCUGCAGGUAGGGGUGGAGGAGUCUGUCAGCGCCUGCAAUUCUCCUUCUGAAGCUGGAAGGGGCUUUUAGCUUCAAUUACUUCUGUGCUGGGUCGAGGAAGGAAUGGAACCACACCCCUCAGCCACGAAUACCUCCUCCAGUGCCCGAAGGAAAACAGCGUAAUUGAAAACGUUGUCAGCGGCACACGUCCAUUUUUAACUUGAGUGGCUUCUUUUCUGGGUGGAAGAGAGCGGUAUCAGACCAGGGGUGAGCAGUUGAAGGAGGAAUGAACAAAAGGCUUGCGCCACGGCUGCUCUGGCUUUGUGCGGUUUUUUUGUUGGUUUUUUUUUUUUUUUCAGUUGCAUUUGUGCAUUGUUACAACACGGUUUAGAUUGUAGGCCCUCCGGAGGGCAGGCUUGUGCCCACGAGAAAGGUAAACCUCCCGGGAAUAUAAUCUACGUAAUACACUGUACACAAAUAAGCCGCGGACGGUUUUGGAUGAUGACAGGAGAUUUCCCUCUGGAGUAGUUUAAGAUUCUAAUGUUCCACUUACAGGAUUAGACCAAGGAUUAAGGACCAAGAAAUAUAAUUUUUUUUAAAAGAUUAAAACCUGGAAACCCUAGAACAACUUCUCAAAGUGUGCCUCAGAAUUACUUGGAACACUUGUUAAAGCACAGCAUGCUGGGCUACAUCCCCUGAAGUUCUCUGAUUAGGUUGUCUGGAGCCUGGUAAUUUGCAUUUCUACCAAGUUCCCAAGUGAUGGUCUGGAGCUCCCCCACCCACCAAACUAGAAAGUUAAUAGCUUUCUUCUUCAUUAGGCUUAUCUUUUGAUAAAGCGUGUAGAUUUACUUAUCUGCAACUGAAACAGAAAUCUUUUUCCUAAGGAUGUCUUAUUACUCCAGAAGAUCACAUAGCAAUGGUUAGACCAAGCUGGGGGAUGAAAUACAGGUUUUUCAUUCGUUUGGUACAUAAGAAUUGCUCACCCACUCUCUUAUGACAGAGAUAUGCUCACCCUGAAUAUCCAGUAGGCACAAAAAAAGGUAAGGUCUCUGUUGUAGAGUUUACAGUUAAGUGAGAAAACAUACAAAUUGCAUUAAGAGCACUAGAAAUCACAAAAUUGGGCUACAAGAAAUGAGUGGGAGAAUGGAAAGGAGGUAAAAGGCACGGCACUGAAAAGCUAAGGGCUGUAGGAUGGUAGGCGAUCUGGGAAAGGGUGAGAAAGAAGGGGAAACCUCCAGGAAGUGGGAACAGCAAGAGUCAAGGCCCUGAGGCCAGAAGGAGCUUGGCUUCUUCUACAAGUUGAAGGAAGAUGCAAGUGGCCAAAGUGAAAUGAGCCAUGGCAGAUGGAAUGGGAAGUGAAUCCUGAGAGAUAAAGAAGAAUCAAUGCAAAGAUUCGUAGAUUUCUCUAAGCAUCUUAAAAGUUUAGCCUACAAGCAACUUGGAAGCCAUCAGAGACUUAAGCAAUGAAAUGUUGUGGCAGCUGUUUGUUUUGUUCUAUUUUUCCCUACAUGUAGAAGAUGCUGUAUGAGGAUUCUUUGCUGCCUUUUCCGCCAUCAGGUAUUUAAGAUCAUUUGGGAGAGCAGGUGCUUGAAGAUUAGCUCCGACAGAAGAGGGAGAUGUGGAUUGGUUGGAGUAGAGUAAAGGGUUUCCUGCAUCACAGUGGAUUUGCUGAGAUCCCACUCUUUUUGAUGAAAACUACUCUGGACCAAUGGAAAUGGUUAAACCAUAGGAUUAUAUUACUUUUCGUUUGUGGGCACAUCCAGGUGGAAAUAAGAACUUGCAUUCUUAUCAGCAGAAGGAAAAUUCUUAGCAUAUAGGAAGAACUAUUGUCAGCAUCUGUGGAAAAAGCCUUAGCUUUACUCCCCCAUGGAAGAAAGCAAACGAAAGCUGCCCCAUGAAUUUAACUUAAUAGAUGUUGAUUCUCUGCCUGAAGAAGAGAACCAAGCUGGGAAAGCUGGACUGGAAAGUAGGAAGAGUUUGCUUCCAUAAGACCAAUGGUCUCUCUGUGACAGACAGUGGCUCAGUUUUGACAAGCAUGUAGAGAGUACAUACAUUGGCUGAAUCCUGCAUUCGAGGUCAGAGAUAUAAAGGUGAGUCAACACAGUUCUUAUCCUAGGCCUUCAAUGACUACUUGGAAGGACAGAUGAAGCCCACAGUGCAACCUGUCAUGAUUGUGAGUAAUGCCAAAAAAGACUCAAAAUGAAAAAUGCUCUGAAGUCCUAGAGGGGAAGUAGUCAGCUGGGGCUGGGGGUGGCUAAGAGAAGGCUUCUCACAAAGAAUAAUACUGAUGCUAAUUGAACUUCCAUAUUGGUUCUAGCCAACAGUUAUUUUGUGAAAAUGAAAUAAAUUUGAGACUUUAUUGA